AUGUCUACCGAAACGAUCAAUGCCUCCGUCCUGCACGCGGCAAAAGACUUGAGAGUCGAACAACGCACCCUCUCCCCACCCUCCUCAAACGAAGUCCAAAUCCGCAUCGCCUCCACCGGCCUCUGCGGCUCCGACCUCCACUACUACUCCCACUUCCGCAACGGCGACAUCCUCGUCCGCGAACCUUUGUCCCUCGGCCACGAAUCCGCCGGCGUCAUCACAGAAGUCGGAGCCGACGUCUCACACCUCAGCGUAGGCGACAAGGUCGCCCUCGAAGUCGGCCUCCCCUGCGAACAAUGCCAACGCUGCACAGAAGGACGCUACAACAUCUGCCCGAACAUCAAAUUCAGAUCCAGCGGCAAGGCAUUCCCCCAUUUCCAGGGAACGCUGCAAGAGAGAAUAAAUCACCCAGCCAAGUGGGUCUACAAACUCCCUUCAGAGAUCUCCCUCGAUGUCGGAGCCCUGCUCGAGCCGCUGGGCGUAGCGCUCCACGCUUUCAGGCGGAGCCUAAUGCCCAAGGACGCAAGCGUCAUCGUCUUCGGCGCCGGCGCAGUAGGGCUCCUAUGCGCUGCUGUCGCGAAGCUGAAGGGGGCGAAGAAAGUGGUGAUUGCAGACAUCGACGCGGGAAGGCUAGAUUUUGCAGUGAAGAAUGGGUUUGCGCAUAGUAGUUACACGGUGCCGAUGCGGCGGGGGAAGGAUGUGGAGGAGAGUUUGGCGAUUGCGAAGGAGACUGCGGCGGAGAUUGGGAGGGUUGAUGGUGGUGGUGUGGGGGAGGUGGAUGUGGUGUUUGAGGCGACGGGGGUGCCGAGUUGUGUGCAGGCGGGGAUUUAUGCUACAAAACCAGGAGGCCGCAUCAUGCUCGUGGGCAUGGGCCAUCCCGUCCAAACCAUCCCCCUUGGAGCCGCUGCGUUGCGAGAAGUCGACAUCGUAGGCGUGUUCCGAUACGCGGAUACAUACCAGGAAAGCAUCGACAUCGUGCUCCAAGCGCAGAAAUCCGCCGACGGACCUGACUUCUCGAAAUUGGUGACGCAUCGCUUCAGCGGCCUGCAAGAGGCUGUGAAGGCUUUCGAGAUGGCGGGCAAGACGAAGGAUGCUGAGGGCAAGUUGGUGAUUAAGGUUAUUAUUGAUAGUAGUGAUGAGGCUCAGGGCAAGGUGGCGAAGUUGUUAGUGAGUGAGUGA